AUGACUAGAAAGAAGGUUAAGCUUGCCUAUAUCACUAAUGAUUCUGCUAGGAAAGCCACUUUUAAGAAAAGGAAGAAAGGGCUGAUGAAGAAAGUGAGUGAACUUAGCACUCUUUGCGAUGUGAAAGCAUGUGCAAUCAUUUUCAGCCCUUAUGACUCACAACCAGAGGUUUGGCCUUCUCUUAUUGGAGCCCAACGUGUGAUUUCCGACUUUAAAAGGAUGCCUGAGAUGGAACAGAGCAAGAAGAUGGUGAAUCAAGAGAGCUUCUUACGCCAACAGAUCACCAAGGCAACCGACCAACUGAAGAAACAACGCAAGGACAAUCGGGAGAAGGAGAUCACACAUGUCAUGUUCCAAAGCCUUAUCGGGAAGCCACUCCACCAACUCAACAUCAUUGACCUCAAUGAUCUGGAUUGUGAAGAUGAUGGUGCCAUUCAUAGAUCAGAACAACAAGAAUAA